UUAGCAAACCGAAGUAAGCACAAUCUGUAGUUUAUAUGAUCCUGCCUGAACGAUCAGGGAGAGAUAUUUGUUGCGGGUAAUGUAGAUUAUAGGAAACUUAUGUCUGAUGUGAGGAUGAAACGUAAAGGUUCAAAAGAGUUUAGAGGCUAUAGGAAAGCCUCAGGUCAAUUACAUCCGUAUCAGAGUGGGUCUAGGAGGCAGACAGUGCGAGUUACUAGUGAGAAUGAUAAGACUAGAGCUAUGAUAGAAGAACUUAAUAAAUAAAAUCCAAAGGCGCAUCUCUGAGAUCCCAAGAAGUCUGGUAGAAAGAGCAGUCCAGUCUUAUAACAAGAUUCAAGAGCAAACCCGGGCUAUCUUGGAGGUCAGGAAUGAAACUGCUGAUAGAAUCAAUGAAAGUUCAAAAUCCCAAAUGCAUUCAUUUUCUUCAAAAAGGAUCAAGGCUGGACUUAAGAGAAGGAUUAAAAAGAAGUCUAAGACUCGCAAUCAGAAGAAGCUUUCAAAGGCUAUUACUACAAUUCGGGUAACUAAGAAAGAUAAGUUUUUCAAAAAGUUAAAUCAAAAUGAUUCUUCAAGAAAGAAAAAGAGAUGAUUUAGCUGUGCUAGUCAUACAUUCCAACCUGAAGAGAAAAAGGACAAUACAAUGAGAAGCUCUUCUUGGUUCAAGAAGAUGCCUAAAAUUGAAGUAAAGGACUUUGACGAUAAGACUUUGAGCCUUCUGACAGAUGUGGUUGAUGAGGAAUCAAAAAUAAGGAAUGGAUCAAUAGAUGAAAGUAUUGGCAAAAGCUCAUUCGUCUACAAUGAUGCAAUCAGGGACUCUGACUUAGAGGAGAAGAGGAACUCUUUCAAAGACAUAAGCAAUGACCAGAGGAACUCUGACUUAGCAGAUGUCAAGAAAAAGAAAUAUCUACUCAACUACUUGCCUAAUUCGGAAACUACUUUGAUAGCACAGAAUUACCAGAUUCUGGGCAAGAAAAUGAGAUUGGCAUCGAAGAUUAUUAUCCCAAAUGACCUAAAGAAGUUCUCUUCGAUCAAAGAGAUGUACAAAUAAGGAACAGAUUUACCUAGAUAGCCUUCAUAAGAAGCAAGAAUUGAGGAACCAUCAUCUUGCAGAAUAUGCAAAUCAGCAGAAAAAUCAUAUAAUCAUAAAAUCAAGGAACACUAAGAUUCAGAUUCCCAGGACGGUUUCACUGAAGUCAUAUCAGAAGCUGAGCCAAGUAAUGCAUCUUAAUGAGAGAAUCAGGAACAAGAACUACAGUGUUCAUUCAAAGAACAUUAAUCCUACUGGAGAGAAGGAAAUAGAACUUAAAGAAAUUAGUGAUUUGAAGAAAAAUCCAUCAAAUUUCAAUGGGCUCAAAGAAUUUAAGAAGCCAUUUAUGAUCAAGAAGAAGGAUUAUAAACCCAAGGGUAAUAACGUUGUAGUCAAGACAAGUAAAUCGAAGGAAAGUCGGGGUAAGAGCCAACCCAGACAGAAUCAGACUAAAAAGGUGCUACGAAUUUACACUACUCAAUCAAAGACACCUAUAAAGACCAGCAAUACUCCUAAAAAUGCUCCGAAUGAUUUAUAUGGCAUUCAAGAGAGGCUUGGCCAGAAGGCAACCAAACAGAAAGGGCAAUUUGAGAAGGAAGAAUUUAUGAAGGCUAAUUUCCAAAAUAAGAAGUUAAAAUAGCCACUCAAAAUCAAGCUAUCACAUAGAAUUUAUCGAUAAAAAGGAGAAUUACGUUGAUGAGUACCAACUCUAAUUGAGAAAUCCAAGAAGAAUGAGCUCCGACGAAUCAAGAGGAAGCUACAAAUAGAGUUGAAGGAAGAGUACCCCUCCUUCAGUCACGCCCUUAAGAGAGAUAUCAAUGCUGAGAUGAGGACUACCACUUCAAGGAAUAGAAGAGAUUUGCCCAAAAAGAACAAUUUUGACCUUGACUGAAUCCUUACUGAAGAAAGUAUCAGAAAAGAUAAGCGGACCCAACAUGCCAGAAGUUGCAGAGGUCUAAGAAGCCAGCAAUACUGGAAUGAUAAUAAAGCAGAUAUUAAGAAUGAAGUUGACCAUAAAGAUAGUAAGAAAAUAAAUCUUUCAGGUCAAGCCAAAAGAAGAAAUUUUGAUAGGAUAAAGCAUACAAAUGCAUUGAAAUCUUAUUCUGGGCUAUUUUGACCAGAAGUGAUUCAAAGUAGAGUACCAAGAGGUGUGAACUAUGUUCUUCAGACAUCUAGCCAAGCAAAGACUAGAAAUAAUGCGGAUCUUAAAGUAUCCAAAACAAAUAUAUCUGAGAAGAAAGACAGUUUAGCAUCUACAGAGAAAAAUAUUUAAAAUCCAACUUUUAACCACACAA